CCAUUAAAUGGAAAUGAAUGACUGCUUUCUUUGGCAGUAUUGAUGUGUAAUUUGUUCUUAUUUCAGAUUCUUUCGAAGCCACCCAAAGACAAUCUCUUCAGAUGAAAGUGGUGACAGUAAAAUGGAAGUGUCACACUUGGGAAGUUUAGAUGGCAAGAGCAGUUCCGACCCCACCUUCUCAACUUCUGGUGGAUCUGGUAACCACAAGAACUCUCAAACGCACUCACACUCUCAGACUCUCUCCCAGUCGCAGUCUGGCUCAGGAUCAGGGGACAACUGCGACAACACAAGGAAAUCAGAGAGCACAGGUAAUGGCAGCGGGAGCGGAGACAAUGGCUCUUAUCGGCAUGUCCAGCUGACGGAGGAGGUGCUGUCGAGGCAUAAUGCGGACAUGCAGAAGAUGUUCCUCCAGCGGCAGCGGACAGGAGGCAAGCUCUACAAGGACAAGUGGAAGAUUAAGUCCAUGAAAAAGCUGAUGAAGAAGUCGGGUGAUCGGAACCACGGCAUAAAGCGCUCAGGGGCCGUUUUGGAACAGGAGGCCAGUGUCCAGAAGCAGCCUUACCUUGCCCCCCCGUCAGGUGUUCCAGGGCCCCUGAAGCCCCCCCCAAGAGAGGGCUGGUCACAGAAUGAGAGUAAAGCAUCAGAGACUCCAGGACAAUCCAGCACCACCAAUGUGGGACCAAAUGUGCUGCCAACGGGUAGACUUGCAGCACCCCCGUUUCCAGGGAUUAUGCCUGGGUAUUACCUCCCAACGAGCACGUCAAGUGUGUCCCCCAUUCCGCCCAUGGAGAACCUAUUAGUUCCCCAGCCUCCUGGUCCAACUCUGUUGAUGCCACCACAGCAGCCAACUUAUAUUCAGCCACAGGCGAGCAUGGCAGUCCCUGUCCAGUAUGUGGGUGCUUUCCCCGGUGUGAUGUACCAGCCAGUUGGACCUCCUCUGUUUAACGCACCUCCCCUCAUGCUACCUAAUGUGGUCUUCCAACACACAGUCGUACAGUCUCCCCAUGGACAGAUCUCUAUACCACUUUCGUCCGAUGGAGAAAAGAGGUCUGGUGCAGAAAGCGAACAGGAAAUGGACCCAAAUCAGCCAUCGGGCAAAAACUUCACCCUGAAGCGUUCGGCAGUGCACAUGCGUCGACCAGAUUCUCAAGCCACAUCAGUCAAAGCAGAGCCUGGCUCAGCCAGGGGCAGCACUGCCUCAGCUUCGGGCAAGAUCAUUAGUUCCCAUUCUCAUGCUGCAGAGAGCAUACGUUCCUUCGUAGAGGAUACAACUAUACUUUCACCUGGAUGUGCACCCAAGCUGGACCGCGAGAAGAACCAUGACUCAUCACAGUUCUCGCAGUCAACCAGUGUACGGGCAGAGGCGGAAAGUGUCGGGUCACCAGGGAAACAGGAUAAGGCAGCCCUAGACGAUCGUGAACAAUGUCUAGACAACAAUUCAAGUGAUAUGAUAACAAGCUCUACAAAUUCUUCAAGGGAGUACAAGUCUACAGAUGACAGUGUGCAGAACAUAUCAGAACAAUCAGAAAAUAGUGAGGCUUCUCCAGCUGCUAUAAAAUGGAAUUUACCAAGAUCUAAAUGUCGUCGACCAAUCUUAAAUGACCCCCCGUGGUUAGAUGAUGUGAAAGUAACCCCUGAACUACUAUAUAGAUAUCAGUUGGAGACCAAGGAACUUGUUGAUGUUCUGAGACAUGAUAUGGAUAUGUUAAAGAAACUAAGACAGCCUGUGUGGGUGGAUGACCAGCUCUCCUCCCUAUACCAUGAGCUUGAACUUGAAGGUUCCAGCCCAGACCUUCACUUGGAAGAAGGUGUUACGUCCUCUUCUGGCGAGGAUCAGGCAGGGACUUCUUCUCAGAAUUUUGCAAGAAAGAAGAAAUCCUCUAUGUACUUUAGCAAGAUGUCAAUGCUUCACGAGGAGGAUGCCCCAAUGCCACCCCCAGAUGUGGGUCUUCUGACAGGACACCCAGCACCUGAAUCGUCCACCUCCUCCUCUUAAUAUGUGGUUUCUAGUUUAUCCAAGAUUUAUAAGUGCAAGACGAUCCCAAAACCUUUUCUGAUCUGUUCAUAUGGCUUUGAGAUGUUGUCUGUUGUGUAAAAGACAAAAAUAUAUGUGUGUGUAUGUAAGGAUUUUGUAUUGAGAUCUUGAAGUGAGAUUUGGGGGUUGGGAGGUGUAAAUUGCAUGAAAGACAGUGCCAUGUAUUUGCAAUAAAUAGGGACAUCAGGGAUAGUUUCUUUUUAUGAGAUGGAUUUGGAUAUAUAUGUAUG